UAAUUUGUAUGUACUAUGUACAAUAUGUAGGUAUGUUUGUUAAUUUGUUUUUCUAUUGACUUUUAUUUAGUCCUGGCGACCUGGCCUCCUGGGAGACGGGAGUUUGUGUAAAAAACUAAAAACUUUGUGUUGUUAAUUGUUUUAUUACAAUCUCUUCUUUAUUAUUACAUAUAUUUUUUUCGUAAUUCCUGCGGUGUGCAAAUUGUAUCUUUAAGUGACAUGUUUCAAUCAUUUUAGUUUCUUACUUGUCUAUUGGUUAGAAUAUACAUAAACAUUAAUUAUUGAAGAGAUCAAUAAAAGAAAAAUGGACUAUAAUAGUAUUGAUGAUGAUGAUGUUGAAAAAUUACGCCUUGCUGCACUUAUGACAUUCAAAAAAAAAUCUAAUUUGCCUAUAAAUGCAAUAAGUAGUACAUCUGGAGAAUUUAAUAAAUUUGCAAAUGGUAACUCAUAUAAUAAUCCUGCAAGAAGUAAUAAUAGAGGACGCUGCUUUCCAGUGCCAAAUAGAUCAUAUAAUAAACGCACUUACGCUAAUGUUGGUUUUCGAAGACCAACUCAUGCAAACAACAAUUUGAUUGCAAUUAUACCAAUGGAUAGUGAAGGUGAUUCGCUGAAUGAUUCAAUAUCCAAGAAUUUAUCUAAAAAUAGUAAUUCAAAACAUAUAUAUACUUCCGAUUCCACCAAAUUAACCAAUUUUCAGGAUUUAAACAAUGAAGUUUCUACUAAAUUUAGCAGAUUAGAAAAUGAAUCUGGUUCUGAAGAAAGUGAUGAUAGUGAAGCAGAAGAUGGAAAAGACGAUUCAGAUGAUGGAGAUGUCUUAUUAUUGGGUGAAGAAGAUGAAGAUUUAGAUGAUCUUGAUAAACUAAUGGAUAUUAUGGAAGCUGAAAUUGCUGGUGGAGAUGUUAAAUCAUCUAAAAAAGAAAAGAAAAGUUUAAAACAUAAAAAUAAAAAAGAUAAGGGUACACUAAAAAAUAAAUUGGAUGCCAAGACUAAAAUAGAUGAACUUCCUAUACUCAUAAAUCAACCCAAGAUUAUUGAAGAUUCCAAACCUCAGUUAAAUCCACCUGAAGAAGAAUUAGAAUCUAUAAAAACUUUAGAAGAAAUUAGAAACUCUUCAUCACAAUCUAGUUUGUUGAAAUCACGUGUACCUUUGAGAUCUCCAUCGCCGCCUCUUAGAAAAAGAUCGAUGUCUCCUUAUAGUAAACUUCAAAAAAGGUCACCAUUAUCAAGAUCACCACGAAGAAGAUCUCCUUCUCUAGACAGAUAUAGAUAUUCACCACUACGAUCAAGGCCCUAUCGUAGGUCUUUAUCACCAAGAAGAUCACCUAGACGUUUGUCACCGCUAAGAGAAAAAAAUCUUUCUCCUAGACGAUAUUCACCUCUUAAAUCUCGUUAUCCCUACCGUACACCAUCUCCAAGAAGAAGGCGUAGAUCUGUAUCACGGGAUUUAUCACCUAGUAGAAGACGGUUAUCACCAUUAAGGAGAAGAAGUAGAUCUCCACUCAAAAUUAAAUCAAAAUCUAGAUCACCUAAGGUAAGACCAGCUGUUAGAAGAAGAUCACCUAGUCCAUUAAAAAAAGUGAUAAGGUCAAGACCAAUAUCUCCUCCUAAUAUUCGGCGUAAAGAUAAUAAAAUUAUGGAUGAUGAUCACUUAAAGAAAAGAGAAAAAAUUAAAUCUGUCGAUAAUCAAGUGGCAUCAAGGCCAAUAGAUCCAGUUUUAGAAGCAAGAAAAAGAAAAUUUGAAUCCAACAAGCCAAUUGAACCAACCAGUAAAAAAAUUAUUUUGAAAAAAUCCAAUUCAGUUCAAGUAGCAAUUCAGACUGAAAAUAAAGAAACUCAAAAUGAAAAGAAAGAACCAGAAAUAAAACCAAAAACUACUCAUUUAACAAAGAAAGUAAAAAAAGUUGCACAUUCCUUCCAGGUUCCAAAAAAUAUUAGCAUAAAAAUGAAUAAUGAUUUGGAAACUGUACAUUUACGAAGAGUUGUAAAAGUAAAUACUUCUUCAGACAAAAUUUGUAAUAAAAAGCGACCCAGGAUCGUGUUUGGACAUGAAGAAAAAAAUGAAGCACUUAAUAAAGAAGUUGAUAAUUUUGAUAAACAUAAUGAGAAUAUUGCUAAACCAAAUAGCACUGUAACAAAAGUAUUACAUUCUGAAGCAGUGGAAGUAUCUAGUACAUCAGAAGAAGAGUUAUCAGAAGAAGAAGUAUCUGAGGAGGAAGUAUCUGAAGAAAACGUAGAUGAAGAAAGUGAAAAAGAAGAUGGACAAGAUUCCAGUGAUAGUUGCGAGGAAUAUAUUGAAGAGGAAGAAGAAGAAGAGAUUGAAGAACAUCAACAGGGAGUUGAUGAUCAAAAAGAAUCCUUGCAGCGUAAUGAUACAGUUGAUCUUAGAACAGAACUGAAACGAAGAAGAGCCCUUCGAUUAAAUAUGAUUCAAGGGGAAGUAAAGAAGAAACCAGAUUCAUUUUAUCCUGCCCGGUUAUUACAGUCAGCUAUAAGAGGUGUUGUUGGUUCAAGCAGUACUAAUGAAGUUAAAAGAAAAAAACAUUCGAAAAUACCAGAAAUUAGCAUAAAAACAGAAGGUAACUCAGAGGGACGAAGAGUAAUUGUAAUGAAUCGAGACAAAACAAGGACUGACAAUGUUCAUGAAGAUUAUAAUGAUGCAGUAGAAUCGUAUGCAAGUGUCAAACGUCUAAAGGGUAAAUUAAAGAAAGGACCGGCACGUUUGAGAACAACAAGUGUUAAUAACGAUAACACAAAUCAAAAAGGACUAAGGAAGAUCAUAAAGCGUAACAUUAAUGUUACAAAUUUCGAUCAGGUAUUUUAUGUCCUAAUCACAUGCAUUUUUAUCCUCUUGGUCAAUUUAUUAUAUGACAACUAUUUUGUUUCUAUUUUACUUUUUUGGUGUUCUCCAAAAUUCAAAUCAAUUGUAGUUUAGUUUAUUCUUUCUGAUUCAUAAUACCAAUUAAUUAAUUUUUAAUCAUAGAUGUAUAUUAUUUACAUUCCAUUCUUCAACAAUUAUAUUUUCUAGUUCCCGAUAAGCGCGAGCUAUUUAAAUGUUUUACACUUAAAUUAUCGUUUAAUUUUAUUGGUAAAUAUUACAUUUAAGACACAAAUAAGUGUGUUACAUACUUAAUAUAUUUAAGAUACUGAACUACUAGGAAAUUCUCAAAAUUAUAUUGAUUACCAUUGUGUACAAUAUAAAAAUCCAGUAUGACAAAGAACAUUUCUACCUUUAAAGAUAUUACUGUACAAAAUAAACCAAUUUCAAAAAAAUGUUUGUACAUAAAAAUUUGAAUUUAGAAUUGCUAAUUUUAUUGUCUGACAUACUAUUUUUUUUCAUUUGAUCUCUUCCACCAUAUGUGAGCUUGUUUUACCUGUAUUACUCCAAAUAAAAUAAAAUAUCUAUCUAAUCUGAGCAACUAUAACUUGAAGUAAAUAUAAUCACAAGCUACAUGGUUUAUACAAUAGUUAUAUUCCAAAAUGUCAAUUAUUUUUUAUUAAUAAAACUUGAUUAUUGACUUUAAAAUAUUUUUAACAUACACAACAUAAACUGUAUUUAAAGACAAAUAUAUGUUUAAUAAUAAAAAUUAUAUUUCUUCAAUUUUCAAUAUUUCUGGACAAUUUUGUUAUAAUAUUAGGUAUUUUCAAUGCAUUUUUUUUUUUAUAAAAUUAAACUAACAGAUAUUAAUAUUAUUUAAGUUCUCGAGUUAGAUACAUUUUUUGUGUGAAUUAUUCAUUUAUUUUUAAAUUUAAACAUAUUACUUAUUUUCUAAAGAGACUGAUUUUUCUUGAAUUCAUAAGACUGAUGAUAAUUUAAUUAAUUAUGCAACAUUAAUUUCUCAUGUUUCGUCAACUAUCUUAGAUUGAUUCAAAAUAGUUUUAAUUUUUAGACCAACAAUUAUGUACUUGAAGUAAAAUGAAAAAUGAAAAUUAUAUUUUUAAUUUCUUCUAUAGCUAUUUGUAUUUUAUAGAUUUCAUAUAGUUUUUGUUGGUAACUUCUACUUUUAAUUUAAAUAUAUUUUGAGUUUUAAGUACAAUAAAAUAGUAGAACAAUAAUUUGCAAAUUACUUUUUUCUUUUACUUAGGCUCGUAUUUUAUUUUAUAUGGUAAAGAUUUUACAUUUAACUAUUAAGUACUUUGUAUGACAGUAUCUAAAUAUUAAUUAUAACUAUUUUGACUGAACAAUUUAUAAUUCUUUUCUAUAGUUCAUUAACAUUAUUUAAUAUAUGUUUAUAUUAAUAGUUAAUUAUGAGAAAAAAAAUCCUAUUAAUUAUAUUUACUAUACUUAGUUUUUAAUAUUUAAUUAUUCCUUCCAAAUGUCCUGUUUAAAUAACAAUUUAUUGAUAAGUGAUUAAUGAAUACAAUAUUUUAGUUAUUUUAUCUUUAUAUCAAAAUGUAUAAUGGAACGGAGUGAAUGUUUUAUUUAAUAUUUUAAAAUUUGUUUUCAGUGUUGAUUAAAAAGUUUUAAUUUAUAAGUUAUAAAAAUAUUAAUUGCAUAAUAGUCAUGUUAUGUUGCUCAAGUGUUGCUUGUUAAGAUAAAAUAAGACUCAAAAAAUUAAAUUUUACAGCAAACUUCAAACAUAUUUCACUAUUACAAUAUUUCUUAUAACACAUUUUGAUGAGCAAUAGUUUUCAUGAAAUAAAAUAAUAAAAUAGAGUCUUCCGAUCUGUCAUUACUUCAUACUGUGUAUUUUUCAAAAAAAAUUGAUAAGAAAAAAUUAUUUUUAAGUCCAUUAACAAUCAAAAUAUCUAUUAAUAAGACAGAUUCCAUAAUUCCGGACCACUUGUUUAUUCAAAGUCUGGCAUCCUUUCUCUAAUGUUCAUGAUUUAAGUCAUGGGCCAUAUCCUUUGUUUGAUGACAAUAUAGUAUAUGGGCAAUAACCUUGUAUAUUUAAGCCAUGGAUAGAUUUAUAUCUUAUUCUUAAAGUUCAAGAUAUAAAUCAUUCAUUAUUUGCCCAAGGUCUAAACAAGCCGUUUUAAGAUUUGUUUCUAUCACAGCUGGGUACUCACUACACCGUGUCAAAUUUAUAAUUGAAUAUAUUUUAUUGUAAGUAACGUUUUAGCAAUGUUUUAAACAUACGGAGCACAAACGACACAAUGUAGUGUGAAACUCAGCUUAUGAGGACUUUAUACCUGCAUGUGUUUAACUUUGUUAAUUUUAAUAUUAGAGUUAAUUGAAAUAUUAUCUACAGGGCUGGGAUUUUAAUGCCCUAAAAAAAUACAAAAAUGAUUCAAAACUCAAAAAAAUGCAUUAUAAAAAUGACUUUAAAUUUAUAAAAAAAAAUAUAUUACAAGUGUAUUUUUAACCUAUUUAGAGGGGUUGAUAGGGUGAAUUAUAUCAAGAAAAACGACUUCACAGAAAUAAUUUUCAGGCCAUGUAGAAUUGUCCAAUUUUAAUAACAAUUUAUUUAUCUGAAAGAAGACUUCCUAAGGCCGCAUCAAACUCCAAUUUUUAAUUUUAUUUCAAAUAAUGGUAUUAUAUAAUUUGUAAAUUAAAACACUUAAAAUUGUAUUAUUUUUGAAGACAUAUUAGAAAGUUUGAGAUUAAAAUAUUGAAAUACGAAGUUUGAUGCGGCCCGUAUAAUAUUACCAUCAAUUAGUCUAAAAAAAAAUUUCCAAACUUGGUUGAUUUCACAGAACAGAAUUAUUAUUCCCGUAGAGCGUUUUUUUGUUUACAAAAUUACAUUGGUACCGAGCACUUUAAAUAAGUUUUAGUAGUUUUAAGUAUAAAUUUAAAAAAAAGUUGUACAGACAGCUAGAUCUCACCGAUUUUUACUGGUGACGUCACCAACUCGCUACCUAGGUUUUGGCAUUUCAACUAUUGUUUAAUAAUAUAAUACAAAUUAUGAGUACCUACUUAAAUAAUCUGUUUUAUUUAAUUAAAAAUCAUGUUGGUAUGUAAGAAUCUUAUUUUAACAUUUUAUUUUUGUAUUUUGUACCUAAAAACUCAUAAAAAAGCUCCAAAAACUCUAAAAUGCCCUAAAAAAUUAAGAAAAUGAAAUAAAAACUAAAAAAAUGUCAAAUAAACUUUCAUAUUUUUAUUCAAAAGUGCAUCAAAAACAUUUGUGACAAUAAGUUUUGGAAAACAAUGCAUUGAAAUCCUAGCCCUAAUUAUCUACUAGGACACAAAGUAAACUGGAGGCAACACAUGAGCAAAUAAUAGUUUCUUAAACUCUUAACUGUGUUUAUUAUUUAUUUAUGGCUAUGUAAUGUAUACCAAUCAGGUGAGCAGAGGUAUAUAAAUAAUACUUAAAAAAUAAAAUCACAAUUAACUUAUAUGUUAUAUAAACUUAUAUUAAUUAAAUAAACAUUUAAAAACAUCAAACAAUAUUAUAAACUUAAUAGUCUUAGGCAUUUUAAUCAACACUGUAAUGUUAAAAAUAUUUUCUUAUAUUAAAACAAAUAAUACUACUUUUUUAUUUAUGAUAUUUUGUAGUUUCGUAUGAUUGGUUUAUAUCUAAUGUACUAACAUUGAACAAAAAGUAUCAAAUUAGUUCAUAAUUUAUAUUAUAUUUAUGAAAUUAUGUGAUGAUAAUGAUAACAAAUUAUGUUAAUUUGAUAAUUAUAAAUUACAUUACUUUUGUGAACGAUUAAAUAUAUUAUGUCCAUUUUACAAAACAGUCUGUAUAUUUAAUCAUAGUUAUUUAAACUUAAAAGCUUAAACAUUUUUUAAUAUAUAUAUUUUAAAAUUGUUUAUUCUAAGAAUGUAAUAUAUCAUUUAUUACUAUUAAUUGUUUGAUUUCCUGUCAUAAAAGAAUAUUUAAUAUUCUAAUUCUAAUUUUAUAUCAGUUGUUAUAUAAAAUGAAAUGUAAUAUUUUGAAAAAACAAUUUAAUUUAUAUUUAUUAUUUAUUAGUCAUAAUAAUUUUUAUAGAUGUUAUUAUAUUUUAUUUAAUAUUUGUUGUGAUUACUUAAGAAUUCUUACAAUUAGUAUUGUUAUAUAAUUUUUGUUUGCCCUAUUUUUACUCUUUAAUAUUUAUUCUCAUCAAUCUUCUUUUUUUUCCUUUUUUUAUUACAUGUAAUAAUAAUAUUUCUUGUGUGAUCUAAAGUAUAUGCUAAAUUUAUAAUUUUAAUAUUUUCUAAUAAUUAUAUUCUUAUUAAUAGGGCUUACAAAUAUGAAUUGUAUGUUUUUAUUUUGUAAAACGGACAUAUUGUAAACAAAAAUUGUAUUGUAGUUAUUUGUAUUUUGUUCACUCCGUUUCGUGUUUGUUAAACCGUUUUCAAAUCUGUAACGUAUUGAGAGUAAGCGAACCGAAUGUUGUCAAUUUUUAACCGAAAUAUGAAUUUUUAUAUUUUGUCACAGAUGUAGGUAUCCAAAAGCAUUUUCUACAACAAAACAACACCAGCGGCAUUUUAUUAUUAUAAAAAAAAAUAACAUUUUCAACUUGGAUGACUAUCAAACUUGUGACAACUUAAAAUGUUUUGUUGUUGCGUUUAAAUGUUAACAUUAUUAUUAUUAUUAUUAUUAUUAUUAUGUAUACAACUUCCAUACAUACCUAGUUUGUGUAUUUG